CUCGAUUGCACGACGGUGGCGUCCGAGGCUAUAAGAGAGAUGGCAUCAGUAUCAACAGUCGAGCGAGUGGUAGUUAUCUACACCGGAUGGGCGAGAUUCAACCUCUUUCUCGGGUACCACCACGUAAUGAUGAUGGUUCUCACCGUCUCUAUCGUGCUUUCCUCAAUCCUCCUGGCUGGCUGCUCAAGCAGCAACAUGAACAACGUCUACCUCCUCUCCCUCUCCUACGCCUCUACCCCUUCACACCAAGACGCUGUGCAAGUAAACCCCUCCAUCUCCACCACCUUCGCAAACCUCACUACCCCAGCGCCCGCUCUCGAAGUGCGCGUAGGCUACAUGGGCUUCUGCAUGCCCGACUCAACAGGAGAUUGGAUCUGCUCCCGACACGCCAAAAGCCUCGCAAAGACCAUCAACAACACGCACACCAGUUCAUCCGGUGAUCCCUUAAACCUAUUGUGGAUCGCAAAUAAUUUCCAAAGUCAGAUAGUCUUUGAUGGCCUCAUAUUCUCAACCGUCCCUCUCGUCUUCAUUUCUAUUCUUCUCCUCUCCACCUUCCCACGCUGGCACGAAGAAGAGGACGCCGAAGGGAGUGAGCGCGAAGUGAAGCCGUUCCCCUCGCGACCCGUGUCCUACAUCGUGUUUGCGCUUUUGAUACUCGCCUCACUGCUCAUCUUCGUGUCCGUCUUUUGGCAGCAUAUUGCCAGCUCGGCGGCUGUGACUAUGGGGCAGAGUCUGAGCUAUGGGACUGUGAAGGGGAAGGUGGGUGCUGUGGCUAUGGUGCUAGGGUGGGGGUCUGUGUUUCUGGACAUUUUGGCCGGAGUUGCGAUGUAUGUCAUGAUUUUGAGUAUCAAGGUUUUGUCGGAGACUUGAGGUUGAUGCUGGAAGGGCGACGGUCCAUUGUUUUUUUUAGGGGUUUCAUCAAGUUUCUGAUUUUUAUGUUGUAUAGUUCAAUCGAUGGGAUUGUACAUCAGUCACUCGAUGUAUGAAGGUGUUCUAAGUCUCUAAUAGUCUACAAGUGAACUGGUCCUCGAGCCUGAGCCUG